GCUUCUGCGGCUCUGAGCUGUUGAAUCAGGGCCGCCGGGAUAACCUUCGAAACUCCACACUAUUGUGUUCAGAGUUGGGAUAGCUCCAACCGGAGCAAUUUUUCAAGAUGACUGCAUGGAAUAUAUUCCGAAUAUUAGCAGAUUGCUCUCAUCUGCUAUCGAAAUGCAUCCUAAUCUUCGCGAUCCAUCGCAACCGGAGCGCUGAGGGCGUCUCUUUUAUCACUCAAGUCUUCUAUGCGAUCGUCUUCUGCACGAGAUACACGGAUUUCUUCCACGAGAAGUCGAGCUGGAACUACUUCUUCAAGUUAUUCUAUGUCCUGUCCUCCUUCUACAUCCUAAUUAUUAUGCGAUGGCUGUUCCCGCGCACCAGAGAACGGGAGAUAUCAUGGAAGCUCGGCGCCGUCGUCUUGAUGGGAUCUCUGUUUAUCUCCCCUUUCACCAUGUUAAUAUUCGACAAAGGUGACCUCUGGGGCUUCUUCAGGUGGAUGUACGACUUCUCCCUAAUCCUCGAAUCCGUCUGCGUGCUCCCGCAGCUGCUCCUGCUCCGACAGACCACCGUCCCAACCGUCAUCGACUCCUUCUAUCUCCUCGCGCUCGGGUCCUACCGCGCGCUGUACAUUCUUAACUGGAUCGUGCGGGGCGUCGACCCGUCGGACUCGGGGGCCGGCGCCGUCCAGAUCAUCUUCGGCGUCAUCCAGACAGCGCUCUACGUCGACUUCUUCUGGGUCUACUACACGCGGCAGCGCGUCAAGCUGCGGGCCGGCGGCCUUGUGGAUGCCGACGACAUCCGCCGCGGCUGGCUGCUCAGACGCAUCUUCGGCAACAAGCGCUUUCAGGCCGCUGACGCGGAGGACGAGGAGAGCGCGCCGGCGCUCGGGGGCAGGAACGGUGGUGUCGGGGCCGCGGCCGGAGCCACCGGUGGUCAGAGGAGGAGCAAGUGGGGCGCUAGAGGCAUCUCGAUUAGCGCCGACGACGGUGUGCACGAGGCUCAGCAGGAGGGUGUGCGACAUCAUGAUAGCAGCAGCGACGAUGACGACGACGAGUUUAACGACGCGGCGCCUGACGCGCGGAUGCGGGACCCGGAUGAGCUUGCUCGUGUGCUGGAUGAUGAGGAGGAGUCGGAAGAGGAGGAUUCCGACGAUGAGGGACUGCCGGAGCCGGCGCCGGGGGCGGCUCGCGGUGGUAAGAACGCGAGUGGUGUUGGUAACGGCAGCGAGUGGCGGGAUAACUAGGAGCCUGAUUAG